UCAGGGAUCACCGAUCAUGAAAAGAGCCGAAGAUGUUGGCUCGGUCAUGUGAUCAGCUGUGUCCAAUCACAGCUGAUCACAUGGGACAUGUACAUUGAUCAUCAGGGCACUGAUGAUCAGUGUGGCCCCAGAAGUGCCACCUGUCAGUGUCCAUCAGUGCCUUAUGUCAGUGCUCAUCAGUGCCUCGUGCCAGUGCCCAUCAGUGCCUACCAGUGCACAUCAAUGCCAAUCUGAGCUGCCUUUCAGUGUCACCCAUCAGUGCCACCUAUCAAUGCCAAUCAGUGCCGCCUAAUAGUGCCAGUCAGUGCCGCCUAUUAGUGCCAGUCAGUGCCGCCUAUCAGUGC